CAUGUAGAUACGACACCGUUUCAAACUCUGCCACUGUUAACAUGGGACGUGUGUGAUACGCGCGCUCAGAAAUUGUAUGUUUUCAAUAGAAACGCUGAAGAGGAAGAUCGUGAUUUUGUGGUGGGCUGGCCGCCGGUGAGGAAUUGGAGGAAGCAGUUUUGCGAUCAGAACCGCCGCCGCGGCUGCGCCGCCAACUAUGUCAACGUUGAGAAUGGCGGCGGCGGCGGCGGUGGUGGUAGAUUAAAUUCGAAGUACGUGAAAGUGAAAAUGGAAGGAGUUGGGAUAGCGAGAAAGAUUGAUUUGAGGACUUUUCAGUCUUUUCACACACUCACACACAAACUCAUGGCCUUGUUCGGAAAAUGUGAAGAACAUGUAGAGGAAUACGAGGUGACAUAUCAAGAUAAGGAAGGUGAUUGGCUGCUCGCAAGAGAUGUACCUUGGGAAAUUUUCGUCCAAUCGGUGCAACGUAUAAAAUUGCAAAAGAAUGGCAUUUGAUUUUAGUACGAGUAUCUCUUUUAAAUGUUUUUAAUGUAAUGUUCAUGUGAGUAUUUUGCAAAUAGAUCUAUGUUUUUAUUUUGCUCUUUUUUUUCAAUUGUGUAAGGAAAUUAUGUAACAGAAGUUCGAAAAAUGUAUGCGCGAAACAGUGGUGUAACCAGAAUUUUAUAAGGAGGAACAUGUAUAUUUUUUUGAGGAAAAUAUGGAAUUUUAU